AUGUUAGCAACAAUUAAGGGCAGAGGGGUUCAGCCAGGACUUGGUACCAGUGAGGAACGUCAGGGCUCAAGUCCCAUUAAUAAGUUAUUUAUGUUGGCCUUGAAAUACCUUCAGCACUGGGCUUCCUCUGAUUUGGUCAGCUUAUCAGCCCAAGUCUGCAAAAAUUUCUGUUUUUUUUCAGGUGUCUGUGGUGUUGCUGUGGGUUACCCUCUGGACACAGUAAAGGUCAGAAUACAGACAGAAAAGAAGUAUUCCAGCAUUUGGCACUGUGUUCGAGAUCUUUACAAAGCAGAAAAGCUCUCUGGGUUCUACAGGGGGCUCUCUCUUCCUGUGUGCACGGUGUCUUUGGUCUCCUCAGUCUCCUUCGGCACUUACAGGCACUGCCUUUCUCACAUCUGCAAGCUCAAGUAUGGCAAUGCAGACAUGAAGCCCUCGAAAAUGGACAUCACCCUUUCAGGAUGUGCAUCUGGCAUUGUCAGGGUGACGCUGACAUCCCCUACUGAAGUGGCCAAAAUCCGACUGCAGACACAGAAACAGCGUCCAUCAAUAUCUUCUUCUUCCCCCAGCAGUCUCCUUCCUCCACCCAAGUACCAAGGUCCCCUGCACUGCCUGAAGACUGUGGCCAAGGAGGAAGGCCUGGGUGGCCUCUAUAAGGGCAGCUUGCCUUUGAUGUUCCGAGAUUGCCACUCUUUUGGCACCUACUUCCUCUCUUACUCCAUCAUAUGUGAAUGGCUCACUCCUGCUGGACAAAGUCAGCCAGACAUCCUGGGUGUGCUAUUCUCUGGUGGCUGUGCAGGUGUCCUGGCCUGGGCUGUGGCCACCCCCAUGGAUGUGAUCAAGUCUCGUCUACAGGUGGACGGGCUGGGCCAGCAGAAGUACCGGGGAUUCAUCCACUGCAUCACCAGAAGUGUGAAGGAAGAAGGAGUGAGGGUCUUGUUUAAAGGACUAGUUCUGAACUGUUGUCGGGCCUUCCCGGUGAACAUGGUGGUCUUUGUCUCCUAUGAAGCUGUCCUGAAACUUACCCGGAGUUUCACAACAUAACUGACUCCUUUCCUCAACCCUAACCUAAAGGUGGCUCCAUUUGUGGAUGCAAAACAAGCUAGGUUAGAGAGAGGCCUGGGGCAGAACUGACCUGAAUUUCAGACUUCCAAUCCAAGGCUCUAACAGCCAAGUGUGAUAGGGGCUGGAGGGUCAUGCAGGGCACCCUUAAGAUGAAUGGUCAGGAGUCUGAGGUGGCAGCUUCCCAUUGCCCACUUCUUUUUGGGGUCUCAGUAUUGCUCUGAAAGAGACACCCGGCCAAAGGGGCUCACGGGUCACAGUUUAAAUGGUCCAUGUCUGUCUUCUUAGAAUAGGCAGCUCUCGGGCCCCAGGACUUCAGCACUGCCCUAUCCAUAGGGCCUGCCUACCUCACCCACUCUUUAAAAAGCUUCUGAGGACAUCCCAAUUCUUCAGUAUGUACAUAUUGAUCAUGUGUCACAUUUUCAGAUGUUUUUUAUAAAUGUCAUGAGUGUAAACUUUCAGAUGUUUUAAGCUAUAUGUAAAUAAAUGAAAUGUUUUUGGAAGGCUUUCA